AUGAAGGGGGAGAAAGCAGCGAAACCGCGGUGGAAACAGAGUUAUGAAAAUGGAGGAACGGGAGGGGAGAUAUACAUUCAAGAGGAAUUAAAUUGUUGCGCGUGGAACAAUUUUCGUUUAACGGCGCGCGCAUUUUUUGUUUCCAGAUGUCAAGAAUGCCCCGUGGUUAAGCCGACGUUCCUUUGCGGGAGCGAUAAUCGCACGUACAGCUCCCCAUGCCGGCUGGAAUACCACAAUUGCAUCCACCACACGUCGGUCCGCAUCGCCUGCAAAGGAUUCUGCCCCUGCAAAGCUUCCGACCUUCGCGCCCACAACAAGAAGAUGCAACUGCAACGACAGAAGGCGCUUUCUGGCAAAAUGCGAAAUCGUGACAUAACUUUGACACCACACGUUUUCAACUAUGACAAUCAUCAUUACCAAUACUUGAAAUAUUCCAAACGUGCCAAGGCACUGGCUGGAAGCAAGUACGACGACAAGCAUCUCAUGAGCAACGAAGUAAUGGAGAAGACUCCAUCCCCCUUAAAAUCGACGUACAACUCCCAAUCAUCGCGAAACUCUGAUUGCCCCCCGUCAUCCAAGCCUGCAAUGGCGAAUCGUCUCCUGGAUUGGUUCUCUGUCGUGAUGGCUGAUUCUAAACACCGUCGCCCUCAUCCUAAACCUAAAGGUCACUUCCCUAUCGGCUGCCAGAGCGAGGUCAGGUGGAUGUUCGGACAUUUGGACAGCGACAACGAUGGCAGACUCUCUCUUUCCGAGUUGUACGGGUUGGAACACGAUCAAAACGAGCCGUGUCUGAAACCGUUCCUCGACGGUUGCGACACGGACAGAGACAUCUUUGUAAGUGGCCCUGAAUGGUGUGGAUGCUUUUCAAAGGCUGAACGCCCCUGUGCCGCCGUACGUAAACGAUCAUCGCCCGACGUUGCACCUGCUUGCGAUUCUCGAGGGUAUUAUCGAAGCACCCAGUGCCAUCGUGGUCUAGGACUCUGUUGGUGUGUGGAUCCUCAUGGUGUGGAAUUCGCUGGGACUAGAACACGUGGCAGCAAGCCAGAUUGCGACACGAUCGUGAACAAGAUCAGCAACGGUGGAUUAAAAACGAAUAGCGUAGAUUUGGACGAUGACGAGGAUGGUGGUACAGAUUCUGCCCAGGAUCUCGAAGGGUCCGCCGAUCAGCCAUUAGACUUUUAGAUUCCUUAGAAUCAGCCAGCAACAACAGCAACGGGAGCAGCAACUUAACGUGAUAUCGAACAGCCGGACGACACGAUUCCUCUUGUAAAGGAGAAUUGAAAACCGUUCUCCCGGUUGUCCGCUGAUUUCGAGUAUCGCCGUUGUGAUUGGAGGUGUCUUCAAGUGAAACAGGUCGGCGUAGCCUUUUAGGGCACGACUCACGCGUGAAUCUAAAAGUCAGAGGAGCAACGAAAGAAAUAUGAGGAUUAACGAGAUGUGACACGAGCAGCGGAUACCCUCUGGCAUCGUGAUUGCACGACUUGAAUAUUAAGUCCUCUUUGUCCAUUGGUCAUGAUCCUUAACCCGAGAAUGAUCACAUUUUUAUAAUAAUUAAUUUAACAUAUUUUUGUUAAUUGAAUUAGUUUAUAGAUUGAAUUUAAACAAUGGAUGUUGUAUAAAUACUUUUUUUAUUUUUUUUUUCUCUUCUGUUCAUAACACAAGUGCCAAACGGGUUAAGAAGCUGCUGAAUCGAAGAAUCGUAGGAUGCUUGUACAGUGCAAUAAUUAAAGGGCUACAUCGUGCAAUAACAAUCUCGUGUGACGCUCUAUUUU